AUGCGUUACUCCGGAGUUGCUACUUUGGCUUUUGCCAGCGGUGUUGCCGCCCACUCUCGCAUGUACAGUGUCUGGGUCAACGGCGAGGACCAGGGUGAUGGUCGUGGCACUUACAUCCGCUCCCCUCCUACCAACGACCCCGUCAAGGACCUCACCUCCAGCGACAUUGCCUGUAACGUGGCCGGUGCUACCGCAGUCAGCGACUUCGUCUCUGCCGCCGCUGGCGAUACUCUCAGCUUCGAAUGGUACCACGACUCCCGUGGCGACGACAUCAUCGCCAGCUCCCACUUGGGUCCCAUCAUCACCUACAUUGCUCCCUACACUGAUGGCAUGGACGGCACUGGUUCCAUCUGGACCAAGAUUGAUGAGGAGGGUUACGAUUCCAGCAGCGACAAGUGGGCCGUUGACAACCUGAUCUCCAACUCGGGUAAGAAGGAGUUCACUGUCCCCUCCGGCCUGGCCGCUGGCAAGUAUAUGUUCCGUCAGGAGAUCAUUGCCCUCCACGAGGCCGACACCGCCUACUCUGCCAACUCGGCCCGUGGUGCUCAGUUCUACCCCUCCUGUGUCCAGGUCGAGGUCACCGGCUCCGGUACCGCCUCCCCCUCUGAGGACUUUGAGCUCCCCGGCGGCUACACCUACGACGACGCCGGUAUCGUCUUCAACAUCUACUCCUCGUACACCUCGUACGACAUCCCCGGCCCCGAGGUCUGGGACGGUACCAGCACUGGUGAGAGCUCCAGCUCGGCCACCACCUCGUCGGCUGCCGCCGCUGCCUCGACCACCCAGGCCGCCGCCACUAGCACCGCUGCUGUCACUACCAGCGCUGCUGCCGUGACCACCACCGCCGCCGCCCAGACCACCCUCGCCACCUCGGUCAAGGCCUCCUCCACCACCACCGCUGCCGCUGCCGUCACCACGAGCGCUGCUCCCUCCGCAUCCAGCUCUCCCUCCAAGUGCUCCAAGAAGCGCAAGGCCCGCCGCUCCAGCCACUAA